AUGUCUUGUCCAUUCAAUGAGAAGUCUUCGAUUCCAUCUGAAGGAAAACUCUUGUACGGUGAAUAUUUGAUGUUGGAUAAAGUGCUCAACGCGCAGAGAAUGCUUUCAGUGGCAACGAAAAUGGAACAUCCCGCUUAUGAUGAACAUUUAUUCAUUAUUAUUCAUCAAACGUAUGAAUUAUGGUUCAAAGAAAUCCUGUACGAGUUGGAUUUGGUGCGCGAUGAGUUUUCCAAGGAAACUAUGAACUUUUCCGAAGUCAUCAAACGACUGAACCGAAUCGUCAUGAUUUUAAAGUUAUUGGUGGAUCAAGUCUUGAUUUUGGAAACAAUGACGCCGAUGGAUUUCAACGACUUUAGGCAACACCUCGACACGGCUUCCGGUUUCCAGAGUAUGCAAUUCCGUUUGAUUGAGAAUAAACUCGGUGUGAGACAAGAAAAUCGCAGUGUUAAAUUUAAUCAAAACUAUCUUAAAGUUUUCAAAAAGAAUCAGAAUGCGCUUGCGGAAAUUGAAAAAUCAUUGUCGACGCCAUCUUUAUUGCAAAUAAUUGAAAAAUGGCUGGAAAACAUGCCACAUAUAGAGGUUCUGUGGAAACAUUACAAACAAGUUGUUGAAACAACAGUUUUAAAAGACGCGGUUAACCAAAUAAUUAUUGAAGAAGAAAAUUUAGAGACACUGUCAAAGGACGAUAAAAACGACGCAGCGUUAAAGAAAACCCGGGAGCAGUUCGAAACUGUAUUUGAUUUAAUAACUCACGAGGCAUUGGUUAAACGCGGUGAAAGAAAACUCUCUUUUAAAGCUUUACACGCCGCGAUUAUCAUUAAUCUCUAUCAGGAUGACGCCAUGUUUGGUGCGUCGCAUCAGAUUUUAACUCUGCUAGUGGAUAUUGAUUCUAUGCUCAGUAGAUGGCGCUAUAAUCACGUGUUAUUGGUACAAAGAAUUAUUGGUUCGAUGCAGGUGGGCACCGGAGGUUCUUCCGGAUAUCAAUAUCUGCGGUCCACAUUGAGUGACAGAUACAAACCAUUCGUGGAUCUGUCGAAUUUAACAACAUUUCUCAUCAGUAAAAACGAUCUUUUACCUUUGAAUCGACUUAUCACUGAAAAUCAAAACGAAAAUCGUAAAAAAGGUAGAAAAUCAACACGACGUGAAAACGGCAACGGGAAACGUUCAUGCAAUGGCCGCUAUGCAUACAAAGAUGGCGGCAAGCAACGAUGUCUACACUGCGACAAUUUCGACGAAAAUCCCGCAAGGAUUUGCAACGUAUGCAUCGAAUCAGAUGCGAAUACGCCGCACAGUAAGAUUCGGAAUGAAUUUCAAGAUUUGACGAUGAAUUCGACCAGCGAGGAUGAAAAAAAGGAAUUGGAGAGUUCCUAUGAGUCGACAUCUUCGACGUCAUCUACGUUAAACAUCUGAUGAGAAGUGUUAAGUAUAAAAUAAGUUUCUAUGCAUUUAUUUCGAAUAAUUUCAUAGUUUUAAGUAAUAUGUUACUACAUAAUACUGAUGAAUAAUUCAAUACAGUGUAAUUUUAACUUCCUUGAAUGUUAUUUUUGAUUUUAAUUCUUUCUAAUAUAUUAAUGUCAAAAGUUUCUUAACGCUCAUUAUUCUCAACUCAACUUGAACUAUUUAUUACGCACUGUAAGUGAAUUUUUAUAGUAUUGCAAUAAUUAUAAGAAGUAUGUUAUGCAUGCAAGAGUAUAUGUAACGUUAAAGUAAUACAUUUGGUUGUGUAAUGCAUAAA